UUCACAACCUUACCCUUCACAGCUCACUCACAACCCAUACACACAUCCAUUUCUGGUUUCAUGAGUUGCAGCUCCGGCGACAACAAUGGAAGCAGCAGCAAUAGCAGGGACGGUGCCGUCAAGUACAAGGGAGUCCGGCGACGGAAAUGGGGCAAGUGGGUGUCGGAGAUUCGAGUCCCGGGGUCGCAGGAGCGUCUGUGGCUGGGCACGUUUGCCUCGCCGGAGGCGGCAGCGGUGGCUCGUGACGUGGCUUACUACUGUCUGAGGAGACCGGCGUCGUUGGAGAAGCUCAACCUCCCGGAGAUGCUGCCUCCCUGUUAUGUCUGGCAGCAGAGGGAGAUGUCGCCGAGGUCGGUGCAGGCGGCGGCGUCAAAUGCCGGCAUGGCCGUCGAUGCGCAGAGGAUUGUUGAAGCAGAAGGGAAGAUUGAGAGGACUGAUAAUGAGCAGAGAGAAAACAGAGAGAUGAAUGACGAGUUCUGGUGGGACUGGGACGACGACGGCAACGCCCGUGCCGGCUCCGGCGGUAUAUGGGAAGGCAUCAGUGAUGGGUACACACAAGGAGAAGCAUCGAGCAUUUCAAUUGAUGAUUAUUUUAUCGAUCUUCAAUAGUCUUAGAAGUUCAGGGAUUUAUUACAGAGCAAUAAGAUUCUCCGAAAUUUACUUCAUUUGAGAAGAACGUGAGUGUAAUAGAAAUGGAAGCUAACCUUUAUGCCAUCC